GCCAAAUCUGCUACUCUGUGUUAUUUAUUAGUUAUUAUUGUUGCUCCCAGAGAAACGGGAAGAGAAAAUGGCGGAUGGGCUUCACAAUGAACUCUUCUCUUCGUUGAUCACUGAUAUAAAGACCUACACAGGCAAAGACCCUCUUCUCCCAUGGCUCCGAGGAGUUCGAAAGAUGAAGGAAUCUCUCCCUACUCAGCUUCUCAAGGGGAAGCUCCCCCGAUUCCUACAGAAAUGCGCUCAAACCUUCGAGGCUGAUCGGUGUUACCGGAAUGACUUGCGAUAUCUUCGUGUUUGGAUACAACUGUUGGAUUUUGUGCAUGAUCCUCGGGCACUUUUGAAGACGAUGGAGGCGAACCGGAUUGGAACAAAGCUGGCCCUAUUUUAUCAAGCCUAUGCUCUGUACUAUGAGAAGCUCAAGAAAUUUGAGGAUGCAGAGAAGAUGUACCAUUUGGGGGUUCAGAACCUCGCAGAGCCUGCUAAUGAGUUGCAGAAGUUGUAUGAGCAAUUCCUUCAUCGUAUGGAGCUCUACAAGAAAAGGAAAAGCAGGGAAGGAAGAACUGCCUUGAGGCUCCUGGAUACUAGGACCGUCCCUGCCCAUUCCAGAGAGAUUGAAGAAACCAAAGAAGAUAGCAGCAGGUUGGAAAGUAGGAAAUUAGGAGCAUGCUCUGGGACUGCAUUACUCAAAGCAGAGAAUAGCAACAAAAAUGCUCAGAGCAAGAAGAUAGUAGAAGAAAGCUCUCCUGAUAUCAUGAGGGGGAAAUCAGAUUCCGAGGCUCACUUUCAACGUAGCCAUCUUGAGGUUUUAGUAGAAUGCUGUGAUACUGGAAUAUCCAGUGAUUUUUCUCCAAAGAGGGAAGUCAUGGGAACUGUGGGCCCCAAAAGCUCCAUAAAGCACCAAGAGUCCAAUUAUGUGGAAUCAGAUAAUCCAAGCACAGUCUACAUUGAAGACACAAUUGUGGUGAAGUAUGUAGAUACUGCAAUAGUCGGGAAGUCCGGACCUGAAGAUGCCUGCCAUAAUGGUUUGGUAGAUCCAACAAUCAACAUGAAGGAAGCCAUGAAUGCCAUUAACUGCAUGUUUCGGGAGCCUUUGGAGCCAGAACCAGUGGCAGUGGGUAGGAGAAGAUCACAUAGAACCCAACCCAGAUUAAAUCAGGCUGUUAGCAAUGAAUUUGAGGUGUUUAUUGAUGAAGGCUUGGAUAAUGGGGUUGUGUUAUUUGAUCAGAGAGUGGAAAAGGAUUGUUCACUUCCGUUGGACUCUGUGCAUACUACAAACCAGACAUCACUAAAGAAAAACGGCAGAUUUGAAACAACGAAGCCUGUUCAAGAACCCUUCAAAAUAUUUGUUGAUGAUGAGUGUGACUUUGAGGGAGGUGACAGCAAAGACAAGAACAAUAAUUUAGCACACCAUGCGGUCCAGCAUCCUUCUGGAAAUACUAUGGAGCAGGCUGUUCAAGAACCCUUCAAAAUAUUUGUUGAUGAUGAGUGUGACGUUGAGGGCGGUGACAGCAAAGACGAGAACAAUAAAUUAUCACACCAUGUGGCCCAGCAUCCUUCUGGAAAUACUCUGUUACCUGCUCCAUGUGUAAAUGCAUUUCAAUUUCCAUGUCCAAAUGAUCUCUUAUCCAAUGGCUCUUGUAAUCAGGACAUAGGGAGCUCAACCAACUUGAAAUUCCAGGACGAUACAGUUGUUUGUAGGUUUGUGGGGUCUAAUUUGGAUGAGCCAGAGGUGGAGAAUGCGUGCCACCAUGGAUUAGUAGAACCUACAAUUAACUUGAAGGAGGCUAUGGACGACAUAAACAGCAUGUUUGGAAAACCUCUACAUUUUGUGAAGUUCAACAGAUCAAAGAAACAGUGUAAAGUAUCAGAUGGUAAGAGGGACCACAAUGGGUUUUUCAUUCUGUCUGAUGAGGACGUAGAAGAUGAACCAAAAGUAAAAGCACCAUCGAGAUCGUCUAGCAAAUUGGGCAGGGAUUUUGAUUUAUUUGAGCCAACUGCUGUUACAAAGGAGGCCAUGUCUGAGAUAAAUGAGAUGUUUGGAAAGCAACUGGAUUUUUAGGAAGAUGUUAACUUAAUUGCUUGUUCAAAGUAGGUAGAGCUUUCCCUAUAGGAAGAAAGGACUGCUUGCUAUAGCCUCUACUGUUUCCCUUUUACCAGAAAUCGUGAAGGGUGGGAAGACAUUUUUUUUUCAUCCCUGUUUGUUGCAAGGCCAUCUUAGUUUUUCCUAGAGCCUUGUUAUUGAUUCGGCAACUGGGUAAAAUUGAGGAAUUGUAUAUGCCUUUUUUUUUUUCCGUGUCAAAUUAGUGGGAUUUAUGGACAUAAGGGAGGCUGAGGGUCUAAGACACUGGCAUUGCCGAUUUACUUUCA